AUGGCUUCAAAACGGAUUUUCCGCGCAUGUAAGCUGCAGGGCCUCUCGUUCCACGCUGACGCCCUGCGACACCUCACGCAGGAGCUCACCAAUGAGCCAUCACUGCAGCUCGACGAUGUCCUCUACGCGAUCAAGAACAACAUUGACCGCAGCAAAAUGACGACGUCGGUAGUGACACUCGAAGCUCUCGAGAGCGCGUUGGACACGCUCUUGGCAGUGUCGGCAGCAAACGACUACGAGCAGAUUCAAGUGUUUGGCGCCUUUGACACGCCGAGACUGCACUUCAACACGCACACCAACUCGUACGAGCUGAAAGCAGACGCUCAGCGUCGACUCCACGCUGGACCCGAGUCGAGGAUCCAGUUGCUGAGGCAUCGGUUCAUGUCAGCAGAUCUUCGCGUCAAGCGGAACCGCUUGUUCGCGCCACCUUCGACGGCAGCAGCCACCGCUGCAGAGUACAUGGAGCUGUCGCGGAUCGAGUCGUUGCUGGGGGUGAGUGGGGUGCGACGCGUCAUCGGCAUGCUGGGGCAGGACGAGCGCGAGAGGUUCUACUUGGAGGACUUUACGUCGCGCAUCGUCAUUGACCUCACGAACGCAGUGUACACCGACGGCUUGUUCACCGUAAACUGCGUGGUGCUCGUAGAAGGUCGAGUGAUUGAUGACGUGCUUCAUGUCCAGUCCAUGGGGUUCCCACCUCCCGAGACAAAGGAAGCGUCGAUGGAUGUACUGGGUGGCAUCGAUCCGCUUGGUGUCGAAGUGUCUGUGCAACAACGACAACAGAUCAAAACGCUGGAAACCAAUGACCACCACGCUACGUUCAUUGUGCUGUCUGACGUCCAUCUUGACGACGCAAAGGUCAUGACGAAGUUGGAUGAGCUCUUCCAAGGCCUCGAAAGUGUGCAGCCUACCCUUUUCAUUCUCAUGGGCGACUUCAUGUCAGCAUCCAUUGGUGGAAGCGCAGAGUCCAACUCGCUACAGGACCUGCGUGAGUACCUGGACGAGCUCGGGAACCUCAUUACCAAGUAUCCUGGUAUCGCCAACCACUCCCGUUUCGUGUUGGUGCCUGGACCGAACGAUCCCGGAUCUUCUCGAGCGUUCCCGCGUCACCCGCUUCCUGAUCUUUGCACGCGCGAGCUCGUGCGCAAGGUGCCCAACCUCACGUGUAGCACGAACCCGUGUCGGAUCCGCUACUACACGCAAGACAUUGUCAUCUUCCGCGACAACCUGCAGCAAAAGAUGCAGCGGCACGCGAUUCUUCCGCCCAUGCCGAGUGAACGUGAAGAAGAUGCCGUCAUUGGCAACGAUAGCGAGACUGACGCUGCUGCAUCGUCCGUCUCGCAGAUGGACAUUUCCAAACAUCUCGCCAAGACGCUGAUCGAUCAAGCGCACUUGUGUCCCCUGCCAUUGAUGGCAAACCCCAUCACGUGGGACUUUGACGCAUCGCUGCAGCUCUUUCCAGCGCCGGACGUGCUGAUCAUUGGCGACGCAACGGAGCAGUACCAACUCGGGUACUCGUCCGUUGGCGUGUUCCAUCCAGGUCCGUUCCAUGUCGACUACUCCUUUGUGUUCUACCGCCCAAGCACCACCACAACCGAAUUCAGUCGCGUCGAAUAA